AUGACUUCUUUUCCAACCAAAAUUAUACCCAUUCUUCUGAUUGUGAUUCUGAUCCUCAUCCUGAAGGCCGUGUCAUUGGGAACAAACUACGACGAGCUUCCAAAUUGGUUGACUAACCAAACCAUUCAGUCACAAAUCGCUGCCAUUUUCGAUGGGAUCGAUCACAUCGAUUUAGUGCUCGACGAUCAUUACUCGAACCGGAGCAACCAGGCAGUAGAUCAUCUUAUCCACCGUGGCGGCGAUCAAGUCUUCAUGCAGUGGAAGACGAUUCGUAUCUACAAAAACAUACGUCCAAAGGGCGAUGAGGAGGGCUGCACCGGUGAUCGAUCGAUACUGUCAGCCAUUGUCGAGGUGGAUGAUUCCUUGGGCUCGGACGAGUUGGAAGCCAGCCAGCUGGAUGUGAUCGACCGGGACUACGAAGAUGAGAUGAGCUUCAUUGGAUGGGAACGGUCGUACGAGUCAUUUGCGAAGAUUUGGGACCAGAAUCACCAUUACGGUUACGUGGUACUCACAAGCUGGAGUACGUUUCAAGCGUCGAUGAAGUGUCUGUUGGAUCCAGUGGCGACGUACUUGGUUGUUUUGAGCUCACCGGCAGGUUUUAACCGUGAAGAAUUAUCAAACUUGUUUAGCUCUGUUUGGAUCCACGAAGGGGUCUACAGGGUGUUCUUUCUAGUGGGCACACAAAUUUACACAUUUGACCCCUUCCUGGCUAACGGCUCCAAUUACGGUGUGUUGAAAGAGCUAAAAGAUGUGACGGACAUUCCAAGCGUCCCCCGUAGUGACUUUAAUGGCUAUCCACUUAGAAUUGACAUGUUUCGAUCAACGUAUUCGGCUACCAUAGUGAACGAAAAAGAAAAUACGGUUGAUUUCUUCGGAGGAGAUGUCGAAGCGAGUCGAGAGUUCGCCAAAGCGCUGAAUCUUACUCCCGAUUACCUGCCGCCUGACAAGGAUGGCUUCGGGUUCAAAUUGCCGAAUGGGAGCUUUAAUGGAGUCAUCGGUCACUUGUCUCGACGCGAGAGCGAUAUCGUUUUCGUAGGGUUCUUCAUCAAGGACUACUACAGUCGAGACGUCGAGUUCACCUCCGGAAUCUACACCGACGAACUGUGCUGUCUGGUGAAAAAGGCCAGCCGAGUUCCGGAGUACCUGCUUCCGAUCACCAUCUUCCCGGCGGAUCUAUGGGGUUUGCUGUUCCUGAUGGGUAUCAUCUGUUCGAUAACGUGGAUCGUCCUUCGUGCGGGUAUCCAAGCAAAGGCCAGAACCGGCGUUCGAUGGGCUCAGCGGCGACGUCUAGCCUUCCUCUUUAAUCUGUCGAGCGAUAUUCGUGAUGCUCGUUUGUAUCGUAAAAUGAUUCAAAUAUUUGUUGAUACCUACAUAAUUCUGGUGAGCGGUCCCUAUCAGCGGUUCACCCGUUCCGGCAUCGAACGACUGAUGCUGUUUGGUAUCAUGAUGGUUAGCUUGAUCUUCGUGUCGAUGUUCCAGUCGAGCUUGUCUUCCGUUUUCCUGAAUCCAGUGUACUACAAAGACAUCGAAAGUCUCCAGCAGUUGGAUGAGUCAGGUGUGAAAAUCCCCGUCAAAUACAAGGGCUUCAUGGAUGACGUCUUCCCGGCCAACAGUAGCCCGCUGAUGGACUCGCUGCGGGACAAGAUGGUUUACAGCCCAACAUCGGCAUCCAUGCUGGACCGUGUCGCGCACUCGAAGGCUAUCUCUACCGUAACUCGUAAAACUACCCUUUCCCUCGAUAACGCCAUCUUCAUGUCUACGAAGCAGCUGUUCAUGGUUCCCGAGUGUCCCCGGUUGUACAAUCUGGCGUACGUAAUGCCACGGCAUUCGGUGUUGAUGGAGGUGAUCAACCAGGUUCUUCUGCGGAUGCUGAAUGGGGGCCUGAUCAAUCAUUGGAUCGAUGUGAUGAACUUCAACGUGACGAUCAAAAACUGGGAACAAAUGAGGAAUGCUGACGAGGAGAAUUUCAAGAUCCUAACCUUGAUCGAUAUGCAGUUUCCGUUCUACUUGUUGGUCAUUGGGUUGCUUUUGAGUGGUGCAGUUUUUGUGAUUGAAAAGGUAUACGAGAGGUUAGCUGCACAAACUUAA